AUGUUGAAUGAUAUCAAGAAGCCCAAGACUAGAACCCUGUCCUUCGCAGCCGGCCUCGCGCCGCUGCUGGUGGAGAGCGAGGAACCCGCCUGCGCAAAAGGCGUGUUCAGGACCAGCGCGCUCAUCGCCGCGACGCCUCACAGCCCCACUGACCAGAAGCGCAACACUGACUGCUCCGCAGGCAGGAGCGGCGGUGGCGGCAGCGGUGGUGGGGAGGGCUGCGGCGGCAUCCCGCCGCCCCCCGUGCUGCGGUUUGAGUCGUGGCGCCAUGAGCGGGGCCGGCGGGUCGGGCUGGCGCUGCACUUCCACGUCGCCACCUCCGAGUUGGCUGUCCGCAGCGACGAUGGUUUGGAAGUGACGGUGGUGGUGUACGGCGCGAGUGGCCACGAGCUGGAGGCGCAUGAUCUGCACGUGGGCGCCGCGCUGCGCGUGCUGGGCUGCCCCAUCACGCUGCGCAAGGCCGACCCCCGGACUGCAGAGUGGCUCGAAGCCGAGGCGGCGCUGCUGCGGGGCCACAAGCGGCGGUUGGAGGAGGCACUGUCGGCGUUUGCGCCCAUCGUAAGGGGCUGCGGCCUGGAGUGUGACAGCUGCGGCGGCCAGGGCCACGGCCACAGCGGCGGCGGCGGCUGUGCGCCCACGCACGCGCACGCGGGGCCGGGCGGGGCGGUCAACUUGAGGCGGCUGCGGGAUGACAUCGCCCUGCUGGCGGGGCGGCUGAGGCAGCACAAGUCCAAGGUCCCCCUGCCGCCUGAACUGCAAUCACUCGUCGGCGAGGUGGCGGCGGCGGUGGCCGCAGCGGCGGCCACAGCGGCAGCGGCAGAGGCAGCGGAGGCGGCACCAGAGGCGGCAGCGGAGACGGCAGUGGCGGCGGCGGCGCCGCCGCCGUGA